AUGUCACUGAACAACUCCUCCAAUGUAUUUCUGGAUCCCACGCCUAGUAAUACCAAUCGCUUCCAAGUUAAUGUCGUAAAUGAGAGCAGUGCUGCUGUGAAUGACAACGCUGACCCUCCACACUAUGAGGAAACCUCUUUUGGGGAUGAAGGCCAGAACAGAUUCAGAAUCAGCUUUAGGCCUGGGAAUCAGGAGUGCUACGACAAUUUCCUCCAAACCGGAGAAACGGCUAAAACAGAUGCCAGUUUUCAUGCUUACGAUUCUCACACAAACACAUACUACCUACAAACCUUUGGCCACAACACGGUGGAUGCUGUGCCCAAGAUUGAGUACUAUCGCAACACCGGCAGUGUUAGCGGGCCCAAGGUCAACCGACCCAGCCUGCUGGACAUUCACGAGCAACUCGCGAAGAAUGUAUCAGUGGCCCCAGGUUCAGCUGAUGUGGUUGCUAACGGUGAAGGGACACCUGGAGAUGAACAAGCUGAAAACAAGGUAGAAGAUCAAGCUGGUGCUGUGAAGUUUGGAUGGGUGAAAGGUGUGCUGGUACGAUGUAUGCUGAAUAUCUGGGGUGUCAUGCUCUUCAUUCGCCUCUCCUGGAUUGUUGGAGAAGCUGGAAUUGGUCUUGGUGUGAUUAUCAUCGGCUUAGCCGUGACAGUGACUGGUAUCACUGGUUUAUCCACCUCUGCUAUUGCUACAAAUGGAUAUGUCAGAGGAGGUGGGGCCUACUAUCUUAUUUCCAGAAGCUUAGGGCCUGAGUUCGGUGGAUCUAUAGGCUUGAUCUUUGCUUUUGCCAAUGCAGUGGCUGUUGCUAUGUAUGUGGUGGGAUUUGCUGAGACUGUGGUAGAUCUUCUUAAGGAGAGUGAUUCAAUGAUGGUGGAUCCAACCAAUGACAUCCGGAUCAUAGGCUCCAUCACAGUGGUGAUUCUUUUAGGAAUUUCAGUAGCUGGAAUGGAAUGGGAAGCAAAGGCUCAAGUGAUUCUUCUGAUCAUUCUUCUCAUUGCUAUUGCAAACUUCUUCAUUGGAACUGUCAUUCCAUCCAACAAUGAGAAGAGGGCCAGAGGUUUCUUUAAUUAUCAAGCAUCAAUAUUUGCAGAAAAUUUUGGGCCAAGCUUCACAAAAGGAGAAGGCUUCUUCUCUGUCUUUGCCAUUUUUUUCCCAGCAGCAACUGGGAUCCUUGCUGGUGCCAAUAUCUCAGGAGAUUUGGAGGAUCCCCAAGAUGCCAUCCCCAAAGGAACCAUGCUGGCCAUCUUCAUCACCACUGUCGCCUACAUAGGAGUCGCCAUUUGCGUGGGGGCUUGUGUGGUCCGAGAUGCCACUGGGAGUGUGAAUGACACCAUCGUUUCUGGGGUGAGCUGCAACGGUUCAGCAGCCUGUGGGUUAGGCUAUGACUUCUCAAGAUGUCAACGUGAACCGUGUCAGUACGGGCUGAUGAACAAUUUCCAGGUCAUGAGCAUGGUGUCAGGGUUUGGCCCCCUCAUCACUGCUGGGAUCUUUUCUGCAACACUCUCCUCGGCCCUGGCCUCCCUCGUCAGCGCGCCCAAAGUGUUCCAGGCUCUGUGCAAGGACAACAUCUACAAAGCUCUGCAGUUCUUUGCAAAGGGGUAUGGGAAGAACAAUGAGCCCCUGAGAGGAUACUUUCUCACUUUUGUUAUAGCCAUGGCGUUCAUUCUUAUUGCGGAACUGAACACCAUCGCUCCCAUCAUCUCCAACUUUUUCCUGGCCUCAUAUGCACUUAUUAAUUUCUCCUGCUUUCAUGCCUCUUAUGCCAAAUCUCCAGGAUGGAGACCUGCAUAUGGUAUUUACAACAUGUGGGUGUCUCUCUUCGGAGCUGUUUUGUGCUGUGCGGUCAUGUUUGUCAUCAACUGGUGGGCAGCUGUCAUCACCUAUGUCAUCGAGUUCUUCCUCUAUAUCUAUGUGACUUACAAGAAGCCAGAUGUGAACUGGGGCUCCUCCACGCAGGCUCUUUCCUACGUGAGCGCUUUAGACAACGCUCUAGAACUAACUACAGUGGAAGAUCAUGUGAAAAACUUCAGGCCCCAGUGCAUUGUCUUAACAGGGGGACCCAUGACAAGACCUGCUCUCUUGGAUAUAACUCACGCCUUCACCAAGAACAGUGGCCUUUGCAUCUGCUGUGAAGUCUUUGUGGGACCGCGCAAGCUGUGUGUUAAAGAGAUGAACAGUGGCAUGGCAAAAAAGCAGGCCUGGCUUAUAAAGAACAAAAUCAAGGCAUUUUAUGCAGCAGUGGCAGCAGAUUGUUUCAGGGAUGGUGUCCGAAGUCUCCUUCAGGCCUCGGGCUUAGGACGAAUGAAACCAAACACUCUGGUGAUUGGAUACAAAAAAAACUGGAGGAAGGCUCCCCUGACAGAGAUCGAAAACUAUGUGGGAAUCAUACAUGAUGCGUUUGAUUUUGAGAUUGGUGUUGUCAUAGUCAGAAUCAGCCAAGGGUUUGACAUCUCCCAGGUUCUUCAGGUGCAAGACGAAUUAGAGAAAUUAGAACAGGAGCGGCUGGCUUUGGAAGCCACCAUCAAAGAUAAUGAAAGUGAAGAAGGAAAUGGAGGCAUCCGAGGCUUGUUUAAAAAAGCUGGCAAGCUGAACAUUACUAAGCCAACUCCUAAGAAAGAUAGCGGCAUUAACACAAUCCAGUCAAUGCACGUUGGGGAGUUCAACCAGAAACUGGUGGAAGCCAGCACCCAAUUUAAAAAGAAGCAGGGAAAAGGCACAAUUGAUGUUUGGUGGUUGUUUGAUGAUGGAGGGUUAACACUCCUUAUCCCCUAUAUCUUGACUCUCAGAAAAAAAUGGAAAGACUGUAAAUUAAGAAUCUAUGUUGGAGGGAAGAUCAAUCGCAUUGAAGAAGAAAAAAUUGCAAUGGCUUCCCUUCUGAGCAAAUUUAGGAUAAAAUUUGCAGACAUCCAUGUCAUUGGUGACAUCAACAUUAAGCCAAACAAAGAAAGCUGGAAAGUCUUUGAAGAAAUGAUUGAACCAUAUCGUCUCCAUGAAAGCUGCAAAGAUUUAACAACUGCUGAGAAAUUAAAGAGAGAAACUCCGUGGAAAAUUACAGAUGCAGAACUGGAAGCAGUCAAGGAAAAGAGUUACCGCCAAGUUCGACUGAACGAACUCUUACAGGAGCACUCAAGAGCUGCUAAUCUCAUAGUCCUGAGCCUUCCAGUGGCAAGAAAAGGAUCUAUAUCAGAUUGGUUGUACAUGGCUUGGUUGGAAAUCCUCACGAAGAACCUCCCUCCUGUCUUACUAGUUAGGGGAAAUCACAAAAAUGUCCUGACAUUUUACUCUUAAAAGAUCUUUAUCCUUAAAGGAUUAGAAUACAUUUUAAUUUAAUGGAUGAAUAAUUAGGAAACAAGUUCCAGUACCUUAUGUUGUAAAUGUGAUCUGUGGAUAUUCAAACCUAGAAGACUAUCCUAUAGGCUUCCAAGUAAAU